GAAUGGAUGGUGCUGGUUUCCGUUUCACCUCCAGACCAGACAGUUGCUUAAUAUUUCAAUAGAAGAUGACUGCCCCUAAGUUCUACAUUCACAUACACCACAUCCAAUAAACUUGCCCGUUCGCGACUAAUGAUCAGCAUGGAUUAAGCCUACAAUCACUUGAUCAUCCACAUAAGGAAACAGCUGCCGGAUGCUACAUAUUGCUUUACCAUCAACCCUCAAGUAUUUUGUAUCAUCUCUCAAUUUCAGUUGCAUUUACCACAGUGCCAUCCAUUACGAUCCUAAAGAUUCAAAUUACCAUUCGAAAUAUGAAGCACAGAGCAAGUGAUUCAUUGGAGGCAAUUGCCAUUGUUGGCAACAGCUGCCGAUUACCUGGUGGCUCUCAUUGCCCUAGCAAAUUAUGGGACCUUCUUAAAUCUCCCAUUGACCUUGUUGCUGAAAUUCGGCAGAACCGUUUCAAUGCUGCGGGGUUCUAUCAUCCAAGAGCAGAGCAUUCAGGAACAUCAAACGUGACGAAAGCCUACCUCCUAGAAGGUGAUCCGUGGACCUUUGACAACGAGUUUUUCAAGAUCAGUGCAAGAGAAGCGGAGUCAAUGGAUCCUCAACAGCGUAUAACCUUGGAAAUCGUUUAUGAAGCUAUAGAAUGCGCUGGAUACUCCUUGUCACAGCUCAAAGGAUCAUCAACAGGUGUGUUUGUAGGACAGAUGUCGGACGAUUAUCGCGAUAUCGUACUACGGGAUCUGGACUGUCACCCGCAGUAUGCUGGUACAGGUAUUGCUCGUUCUAUCUUGGCGAACCGGGUUUCAUACGUCUUUGACUGGAAUGGACCUUCUAUCAAUGUAGAUACAGCUUGUUCUUCUAGUCUUGUCGCUCUGCAUCUGGCAGUUCAAUCACUCAGAUGCGGAGAGUGUAGUAUGGCGGUAGUCAUUGGAGUGAACUCAAUUCUAAGUCCUGAGGUUUUCAGCUUCUUGUCCAGUCUUCGAAUGAUUUCUCCAAAUGGUCGAUCCCGCAUGUGGGAUAUCCAUGCUGAUGGAUAUGCUCGUGGUGAAGGAUACGCUGCAAUUGUUAUCAAGACUCUAGAGCGAGCCAUUGACGACUGUGACGACAUAGAAAGCAUUAUAAGAAAUACUGGCGUCAACCAAGAUGGUCGUUCAACAGGUCUUACUGUUCCCAAUGCAACUUCUCAAGCUGAACUAAUAAAGCUAACAUAUGCGAAAUGUGGUCUGAACUGUAAAAUCGAGGAAGAUCGCUGCCAAUAUUUUGAGGCACAUGGAACAGGAACAUCCGCAGGGGAUCCAAAGGAAGCAGAGGCCAUUAACGCGACUUUCUUUCCAAAGUCACACCAGGGGGAGGUCAAUAGCUUGGUCACGACUGAGCGACUAAAAAAAGAGAAAAUCUGGGUUGGUUCUAUUAAAACUGUUGUUGGACAUUUAGAGGGUGCAGCUGGGCUUGCAAGCGUCCUCAAAGUUUCACUUGCUGUUCAAAAUGGAAUGAUUCCACCAAAUUUACACUUCAAUCAGCUGAACCCAGAAAUAGAACCCUAUUAUGGUGGCUUAGAAGUGUCAAGAAGCCUGCAGAAGUGGCCCAAAUUGCCGACUGGGGUACCAAGACGGGCAAGUGUCAACAGCUUUGGUUUUGGAGGUACAAAUGCCCAUGCUAUUGUAGAAAGCUGGGAUGAUAAGUCUAGUGGUAUUGAACUUACCUCUGCAUCGCCCUGUUGGGGACCGUUUGUUCUGUCGGCAAACUCCCAUAUGGCUCUUGAAGCUAUAGUUUCUUCGCUUUGUGAGACGCUAAAGAGCGACACUGACAUUGAACUUCACCGAUUAGCAUGGACGCUUCAAGUACGACGAACACAUUUGGAUUACAGAGCUUCUUUUGCGGCGUUUGACAAAAAUGAACUUAUCACAAGUCUAGAAUCUGCAAUCAAGGAAAAGCAGCAAUACCCUAUAGCUACCAAGGUAGUGAAAGCCUCAAAAAUCAAUAUCUUAGGUGUUUUCACAGGGCAGGGGGCUCAAUGGGUAUCCAUGGGGGCCGAACUGUUUUUGUAUUCGGCGUCUUUCAGACACACUAUUGAGUCUCUCGAGUUAACUCUCAAAGGAAUUGUAAACGGCCCAACUUGGUCUUUAACGAAAGAGUUGAUGAACAAAUACAAUCCGGAACGAUCUUUGUCAGCAGAAAUUUCGCAACCAUUAUGCACGGCUAUUCAGAUAGCUUUGGUUGAUUUGUUGAAAGUAUCUGGCAUAACUUUCAGUGCUGUAGUUGGUCACUCGUCCGGGGAGAUUGCUGCUGCCUAUUCGGCUGAUGUUCUAACAGCUGCUGAUGCAAUUUCAAUUGCAUAUUAUAGAGGCUAUCAUAUUCAUCAAUCCCAAAGUUCAGGGUUAAACUCUGGAAAGAUGAUGGCCGUGGGAAUGACUCCUGAACAUGCAGCAGACUUUUGUCUUCAAAAACAAUUCUUGGGUAGAAUCAGUGUCGCUGCAAAUAACUCCCCCUCUAGUGUCACUCUAGCAGGAGAUAGCAUUGCCAUUGAUGAAGCAAAAGAGAUUCUUGACGAGAAAGCCAUAUUUGCUAGGAUGCUUAAGGUUGAAACUGCUUACCAUUCCCAUCACAUGGAAUGUGUUCGAGAGCCAUACAUUGAAUCACUACAGAAAGCUAACAUUCUUCCGAAAAGGAAAAUGUUUAAAGGCUCCUGCAACUGGUAUUCCAGUGUAUACAACCUAGGUGAUGAUCAGAAUAUGGGUUCUGACGUCUCAUUCGAACAUACAUACUGGGCCGAUAACAUGACCAGGCCUGUUUUGUUUUCUUCUGCUGUUAUUUCAGCAAUCAGCAAAGAGCAUUUCAACCUUGUCCUAGAGAUAGGACCACACCCAGUCUUGAAAGGGCCUACCACUGAGUGUAUCAAAGUUGCAUCAGAUAAUGAGAUUCCAUAUCAUGGAGUGCUUCAAAGACAAGAAAAUUCCGUCAAUACGUUCUCUAAUGCGCUUGGUUUCGUUUGGAGGAACAUUGAUUCAUCAAAUCUAUCUGUUGAUUUUAAAGCUUUUCAGAAAUCUUGCAAUGGAUCUAAGUGGACAAUACCAAGAGUCUACAAAGGUCUUCAGCCAUACCCAUGGGACCAUGAUAAGUCUAUGCUUAGAGAAUCUAAGAAGUCCAAAAGUUGGCGUACACGUAGCACUCCGUUCCAUGAGCUUUUAGGCUAUCCAAGCUCGAAUGGGGAUAUCCGGGAGCUUCAUUGGCGUAAUAUUCUCAGACUUGCUGAUGUAGAGUGGCUGCAAGGCCACCAGUUCCAACACCAAGUCUUGUUCCCAGCUGCUGCCUAUUUGGUAAUGGCCGUGAAAGCUGCCCUUCAUCUAUUUGAGCAUGCAAAACAGUCCUUUCAAUUAGUAGAGUUACAAGACGUCGUGAUACAUAACGCAAUUACCUUAGAAGAGGGUUCCUCCGGAACUGAAACGAAUCUUGUUAUCAAAGUGGUCGAGGAAAGCUCAACUGGCGCAUUAGCCGAAUUCUCCUGUCGUUCUAACAACGCUGAUACAGGACUUCCAGACUUCAAUAAAGAAAUCUUUACUGGUCGCGUUGUCGUAAAAUUUGAUGCUCCCACAGAAGAUACAUUACCGGGAAGAUCGAUGCCAAAUCUGCCCAUGACGGACGUGAACACCAAUCGUUUCUACUCAUGGAUGUCAAAGAUUGGCCUACAGUACGCAAAACCCUUUGUGCUAAAUUCGAUAAAGAGACGAUCCAACCUUGCCACGGUCACUGCGGUGGGUAAUAUGAGCGGUGAAUACCCAAUUCAUCCAGCAACUUUUGAUAGCCUUCUUCAGGGACUAUUUGCUGCUUUCUCUUACCCAGGAGAUGGACGAUUGUGGACUACUUACCUCCCGAAGAGCUUCCAACGAGUUCGUUUUGACAUAUAUAAAUGCCAGCAAACACGUUAUGCCACCGAUUUGCGACUCGUCGCCGACUGCUUUAUAACAAAGUCAUCAGCACGGAACAUAUGUGGGGAUAUUGAAGUAUUCGGUCAAUAUGAUGGUCAGGCUCUAAUUCAAGUUCAAGGUGUAGUCUUUGAUUCUCUUGAUAUUCCUUCGCCAGCCAACGACCAGAUUAUGUAUUGGAAGACUAUUUGGAAACGGGAGGCAUUUUCUGCGAUUGAGUCGGUCAAACAAGAUAGUACACAGACAAAGGUUAUGGAUGAUUUCAACCUUCAUGAAAUAUGUGAGAGAACAUCAUAUUUUUACCUGAAUCAGCUUUACAAAGAAAUUGGGCAAGAGCGAGUGGCAUUUUUGGAAGGGAAUUUGAAAGAGUUUAUGGUUUCUGUUCUCAAAUAUGUACGCCCGGAGGAACGAUCGGCUCCAAGCAUUUUUUGGAACGCGCAAUGGGAGUCUGAUACUCUCGAAUAUGUCAAGAAACUCAGAGAAAAAGGUUACAGCGGUCAAAUCGAUUUGGAGCUUAUACAUCGUCUAGGCGCCAGACUUCCAUCCAUCCUUCGACAAUCAGAGUCUAUAUCACAGGUAUUGAAAGGAAAUAACAUGCUUGCUACUCUAUAUAGCGAAGGCCUUGGAGUUUCGCAGACAAAUCACCAUCUUGGAGCAUUUCUAGACUAUUUGCUUCAUCGAUAUCCACGCAUGCGUAUUCUUGAGGUUGGUGCUGGCACCGGUAGCUCUACAUCUGUUGCGUUAAAACACUUGAAAUUCGAACUUGAGGAAUAUACUUUCACUGAUCUCUCACCCUCGUCUUUUGAAGCAGCUCAGGCUCGCUUCCCAGAACAUAAGCAGCUUAUGAAGUUUAAGACUCUCGAUAUUGAUCAAUCACCGACUGAACAGGGCUUCCAAGAAAACUCGUAUGAUAUUAUCAUAGCUGCCCAUGUUCUUCAAGCAACAAAGUCUGUUUCUGAGGCCUUGAAGCAUUGCCGGCAGCUAUUGCGACCCGGAGGCUAUCUAAUUCUCCUUGAACCUGUAAACCAAACAACACUUCGCAUUCCUUUCUUACUCUCAACUUCAUCGUUACGUUGGUUCAGUCAUGAAAAUGGUCAGAGCAAAGGCCCCCCAAUUACAGAGGUAGAGUGGAAUGUACUCUUAUUGAACAAUAAUUUCUCGGGGGUAGAUCAAACUCUCAGAGACUUUGAGAGUGAUUCUUUGCACACUUGUUCUGUCAUGAUAAGCCAGGCAGUAGAUGACCAAGUUAGGGUAUUGAGAGAUCCUCUGAAGCGAGCUGGUGGUGUGGUAUUCAUCAAGAAGUUGCUUGUCAUCGGUGGACGUUCUCUGACGGUGUCCAAAAUAUGCUCGAAUAUCAAAUAUCUUCUUGAACCGUUUGUAGAGCAUAUAGAGAUGAUUGAUAACUUAGAAGACGUUCAAGAGAAUGGUGAGAACUUAGGGUGUGUUGUGGUGUGUCUUUCUGGGCUGGAAGAGGCAACUUUUGCGACAAUGAACCAGCGACGUGUUUCGGCUAUACAGUCACUGUUUCGAGAAGCCAAAUACAUCAUAUGGGCAACCCGAGGAUGUCGCGCCAAUGAUCCAUAUGCCAACAUUGCUGUUGGAAUUGGUCGCUCGGUCUCACGGGAGAUGCCUCAUCUCCGGCUCAAGCUCGUAGACAUUGAUACAAUACAUCUUCAUAGAAAUCAACUAGAUGCUAUCAUGUUAUCCGAAAUGCUGCUUCAGAUGAUCUGCUUAGACAUGCCGAGUUAUAAUAACAUACUCUGGGGCAAUGAGGCAGAGGUGGCGGUAGAGGAUGGGGCUAUUUUGAUUCCUAGGGUAGUCCGCGAUGACAUCUCGAACGAUAGCUUCAAUGCUUUGAGACGAAAUAUUACGAGAAUCGCAUCUCAUAUCACAGAUUCUUUGGUAAUAUCAAAGGGAGAGAAAGGGGUUAUCAUCAAUGAAAUUAAGAGUAAUCUAGAGGAUCCUAAGAUCAUUGUGUCUUCGAUUCAAGUCUUGUCAUCCACAUUAUUUAGCAUCUUUUGCUCGGACGAUAAAAUGCCGUUUCACCUUUCGAUAGGAAACUCCAUAAACACGGGAGAGAUGUCUCUGACUAUUUCGGACGAACAUAGAUCGACAAUCAAAAACCCCGAUUAUACUUUUAGCUGUAAAGGCAGUUCAAACCCCGAUGAGAUGCUUCUGGCCAUUUUGACAGGUAUCAUUUACGAAAGUUUAUUUUCAAAUAUCGAUGGGACCAUCUGGUUCCAUAAUGUCGAUGAAUGCACUACUGAAAUUAUCGAAACUAUAGCCAAUCGUAAGGAUGCCUCUGUGUUCUUAACCACGAGUAACAUUGCAUCAAAGCUGGUUCUUGCUGGAAGAGUAACCUAUAUCCAUCCAAGAGUCACAGAACGUGAACUCAUUCGGUUAAGUCCUUGGAAAACUCUCAAACGGUUCGUAGACAUGGGUAAUACUUCAGACGAGCUCGUGGAAUUGAUAGAAUCUAUUUCGGGUGAUAAGUUGAAUUUUCAUCGGAAUUUUCACCGAUUAAGCCUGGAUCAGCAUAUCUCCCUGCUGUUCAGUAAGUCCAGUCUUGUAAAAAUUCUCGCAGAUUACUGUUCUCGACCUGAAUUAUUAUGCGAUGUUGGACGACUGGUGGAGAAUAAUAUCAUCAAAGUUGGUCUGCUACACAAACAAAAAGGAGACGCAAGCGCGACAAGUAUUGUUUCCUGGACUGGUGCUAGAUCCGUUCAUGUUCAAGUAGCGCCAGCCACUCACGACCGUCUAUUCAAGAAUCAAAAAACUUAUCUUCUUAUUGGACUGGCUGGAGAAGUAGGAUUAUCACUCUGCGAGUGGAUGAUAAAUUGUGGUGCAAGAUACCUAGCUAUUGCUAGCCGAAAUCCCACAGUUCCACCAGAGAUACGCAAAGCUUUCGAACAGCGCGGCGCAAUUGUUCGAAUAUUCUCGAUGGAUGUUGCAAAUAUGGAGAGCUUGACAAAGGUCCACCACGAGAUAGUAUCGUCUAUGCCGCCAAUUGCAGGAGUGGCCAAUGGUGCCUUAGUGGUACGUGAUCAUCCAUUCGACGCUAUGUCAUUUGAAGACCUAGAGACGGUAUUCAAGCCUAAGGUAGUGGGAACUCAAAACCUUGACAAAUUGUUCUUCUCGACACCACUGGACUUCUUUAUUCUCUUUUCAUCCAUUGCUACCGUUGUCGGGAAGCCGGGACAAUCUAGUUAUGUUGCCGCCAAUCUGUUCAUGUCAGCAUUGGCAGGACAAAGACGUAAAAGAGGUUUAGCGGCGUCGGUCAUGCACUUUGGAAUGUUGCUUGGGUUCGGAUUUAUACAUGGACAAACGGGACCACUGCUGGAAGCUCGGUUUCGCCAAGAAGAUUGCUGGGCUAUUCCAGAGCCUGACUUUCAUGCAAUAUUUGCUCAAGCGAUUAUCUCUGGUCGUCCAGAAAACAGCUUAGAUCCCGACGUUAUUGCCGGGCUUGGUACCGAGAUUGAAACUCCUUGGCGUGCUAUCUCUAGAUUCAGCCAUUGUCGCGUAAUUGGUGAAGAUAAGCACUCAAUUUUCGGCAAUCAACAUUACGAUAAUGAGCAGCAACAGACUCAGAGCACUCAAGAUCGCCUGAAAGAAUCUCAUAAUUACAAGGAAGCCUAUGCUGUGCUAAAAACUGCAAUUGCUGGCAGAAUUAGCCUAGCUCUCGGAUGUCCUAUUGAGAGCGUCGGUGAAUAUGUUGGAUUGAUCAGCUUAGGCCUUGACUCGCUCCUCGCUGUCGAGAUUCGGUCCUGGAUCCUUAAAAUACUCGAAGUCGACCUGCCAGUUUUGAAGCUCUUGGGUGGUUCAUCUCUGAGCGAUAUAUGUCAUAGUGUGGUAGAUAAGCUGCCAAUCUCUUUAAAAGCAUGGGUUCAAGAUAAUGGAAGCCACCAGAAUGAACCAAAUCAAGGAAUUACUAGCCAUCUUACCACAUCCUCUCAAGAUUCACAGCUAGAGCCCACUAUGAGUGAUAGAAACAGCUUUGGGGAAUCCAGUCAAGAGAGUCUCUCUGAAAAGAUAUCGACUAAAGAAUUUGAAAACCCCUCACAUAAAUUCUUAGGAAACACUCAAUCUGAGAAGAGCGAAGGCCAAUCAUCAAAUGCCAAUUACGAGAGAAUGGGUGACAUGUCUGAAUCCCAAGCUCAGUUGUAUUUCUUACACGAAUACCUCCAGAGCAAUGCCUAUAAUGUUGCUUACUUUGGCCAAUUUCAUGGUCGUCUUGAUGUCCAAAAACUUUCAUGGGCCCUAAGGCUAGUCUCAAAGCGACAUGAAGCUUUAAGAAGCGCCUACUUCAUAGAUAUCUCCACUGGUCGUCCGGUACAAGCAGUUAUGCCCGAGCCUAAUAUCAAGCUAAUACAUAAGUUCGAAGCGAAACACGGAGAUGAGCAAUUCCAGACCCAAAUUGAACGGGUAAAAGAGGUCAAAUUUGACAUAGAGAAUGGCGUUGUCAUGAAAGUAGCGGUCUUCUCUCAUUCUUCAUCUUCACAUUCUAUAAUAUUCCAUCAUCACCACAUUGCACUCGAUGGAGUUUCAUGGAGUAUUUUCAUUGCUGAGCUUGCACAGACGUACUCAGCUGGUUUGAAUGGCAUAAAGAAAUCUAUCAGCGCUCAACAGCCUAUUGAUAUGGUCAGAAGAAAAUCGACAGAGCUUGCAAUUAAUAACAAAAACCAUGAAGUAGAUAUGGCAUUUUGGAGGAAAGCCUACAGAUCUAUGCCCUCACAGCUGCCUCUUUUCCCCUUCGCCAAGGUCAAAAACCGCCCUCCUAUCAAAGAAAGUGAUUACAGAAUCAACAGCUCCGAUUUUAGACUGUCCCAUCAAAUGACAGAGCUCAUUAAGAAAGUGGCCUUGGAGAUUGGCGUUACACCAUUUCAUUUUUAUUUCGCGAGCUUCGCGACCUUUCUUGCACGUUGUCUUGGUGUGUGUGAUAUUGCUAUUGGUAUUGUGAACGCAAAUAGAACAGAUGCCGAGGAUAUGGAAACCAUUGGGUACUUUGUCAACAUGUUACCAGUCUAUAUCUCACUUGGAGCUUCCGAAAAAUUUGAAAUGAUAGCUAAGAGGUCACGCGAUGCCAUCGCAACGGUCUUCUCUCAUCCACACAGACCGAAUGAUAUCAUUGACCAACAAAGCUUGUUUCAGGUCGCCAUCAAUUACCGCAAAGUAUCCGUCAGUAAGACAAGCUUUCCCAAUGAUGGAGAAAUUGAAUGGGAGGGUGGUGUUGCAGCUGGAAAUCCCUACGACUUGCUGCUUAAUGUUACCACUUUGCCAGAUUGGACCUACAUAUCUCUUAUCACGCAGCAAAGUCUAUAUACUGCAGCUGAUGGUGCACUUCUAUUGAAGUGGUAUACACGUGCGCUAGAAGCUAUUUCUCAAGACCCAGGUAUUCAGAUAAGCAAGUGUCCAGUCUCCAAUGAGUCAGAUGUCACAGAGGCUAAAAAGCUGGGGCAAGGUAGUAGGAUAGAAGCCCCAUGGCAAGGGACACUAAUAGAUCGGAUCGAUAAAGUAGCCGCUAAGUUCUCUAAUGAUCUUGCAAUUAUAGACGAGCAAGCCGACAAUCUUACAUAUGCACAGAUGAGUGGUAGGGCAAUUCAGAUCAUGCGCCGUCUACAAGCUAUAACACCUUCUCUUAAAUCUGGCUCACGUGUAGCCAUGCUCCUUGAUCCUGUUGCUGAUACUGUUUGCUGUAUUCUUGCAAUUAUGCGAUUGGGUUACGUAUGGAUUCCAUUAGACACGCGUAAUCAUUAUCAGCGGCUUAAGGCUGUUGUCGAUGAGAGUCGACCACAAAUUUUAAUGUGUCAUGAUGGAACGGAUGAGUUGGCACAUAAAAUGAGUACAGAGCUGGACUUCAUAACAUUGAUAAACAUUGAUGAUACUGAUGAUGUACACCUUAGAGACGAGAACAACAUAUCUGCACCUGGAGACAUUGAUAGUGGUAAAGUCAAUUAUAAAGAACAGGCAUCAAUGAUCUUAUACACGAGUGGAUCCACGGGUGUACCAAAGGGUGUUGUGCUAACCAAUGGAGGUCUGUUAAAUCAAAUUAAUGGAACAACAUCAAGUCUUCGUCUUCAACGAGAGAUAACAUUACAGCAAAGUCCACUGGGCUUUGAUCUGAUGCUCGAUCAAAUAUUCUUGGCACUCUGUAAUGGAGGCACCAUAGUCGUGGUAAGCAAAUCUGCCCGAGGAGAUCCAACGCAAAUCGCGGACCUCAUUGUAAGGCAUGGUGUUACCCUCACACACUUUGUGCCAUCUGAGUACAUAUUGUUGUUGAAUUAUGGAUACCACAUCCUCAAGAAUGCCGGCUCAUGGCGCUAUGCAAUGUCAGGAGGAGAGAAGCUCAGUCAAGUGUUGCGCAGGGCUUUUAAAAAACUCAACUGCAGUGACCUGCGCCUAGUCAAUGUAUACGGACCAGCAGAAAUUACGCUAGCAUGCGCGAGAGGCUUCGUACCAUAUCUUGAAUCUAGUCAUUUGCAAGAUAGUCAAGACUACCUUCAACCGUCACCAAAUUAUGAUAUUGAAAUUACCGACACCGAUAUGACUGUUCUUCCUGUCGGCUUUCCUGGUGAAAUUUGCAUCUCGGGACCGGGUGUUGGCUUAGGGUAUCUGGAGAGACUAGAGGAAACCAAUCGCAAGUUUACCCACAAAGAGUCCAUUUCAUCACCAUCGUCAUCAUCACCAUCGACGAUCAGAUUUUAUCGCUCAGGUGAUAAGGGUAGGAUUUUGCCAGAUGGCACACUCGAAGUAUUUGGUCGACUGGAUGGUGACAGCCAAGUCAAAAUUCAUGGAUUUCGCGUUGAGCUUGACGAAAUCGCCAACGCCAUUAUACAAACAUCAAAUGGUACAAUUGUAAGCGCUGCUGUUUCUUGGAGACCCAGUCAAUUAUCUGGUAUUCUCGUUGCGUUCGUUGUGUUUGAUAUCAGCUUCGAUCAGAGCAAGUCCGAGUAUAUAGAAUGGCUUCAAUCUAGCCUUCCCUUGCCGCAAGUCAUGAAACCAACCGUUAUAGUAUCAAGAAAGGCUAUACCGAUCACCUUUAAUGGGAAGACUGAUCGAGCAGCAGUAGAUAGUAUUUCUGUCCCUGAUCCCUUGUGUCUCAAAACUACGAACCCCACUCGCGCCUUGAACCGCUGGGAAAAUUCGAUAAGGGAGAUUUGGGAAGAAGUACUCUCAUCCCGAAUGUUGCACAACUUUGAGGGCAGUCAAUUGAGGAUAGAUCACAAUUCUGACUUUUUCCAAGUUGGUGGUAGUUCGAUUUUGAUGAUAAAACUCAAGUACCUUCUCGAGAUGAGGUUGAGGGUAAAGAUAUCCAUGCCCGAACUAUUUCACACCAGCUCCCUGAGUAAUAUGGCAAAUCUUGUUGCAGAUUUCAAAGCUGUUGUCAACGAAAAUAAUUCUUCGCCUACAAUACCGUCAUUCUUGGGACCGAAAAAUAUUGCGCCGAUAAUAAAUUGGGAUCUUGAGAUUGCAACUAUCGUCGAUGAACUUCCUCAGCCAACAGAAAUUCAUUCAAUCCCCUCUAGAAGCAGUUUGAACGGCAGCGAAACCCUUAUUAUAGUAUUAACAGGCGCUACGGGAUUCAUUGGAAAACACCUGCUGUCUUUUCUUGUGGAGAGUCCAAAAGUGGGCCAAGUUCACUGUGUUGCAAUACGUCCUGACGCAUCAGGAAAACCACGCCAUGUCGCCGUCGAUAGCGAUAAGAUAGUUGAGUACACUGGGGAUCUAUGCGACUUUAAUCUCGGUCUUUCAGACGCCCAAUUCCUAUUUCUAUCUGAGCAUUCUCAUAUUAUCAUACACAACGGCGCAGACGUGUCUCUGUUAAAGACGUACCAGUCUCUUCGUCGUGCAAAUGUCAUCUCAACACUUACACUUUGUAGGAUGGCAGUUCUACGUCGACUGCCCGUACAUUACGUAUCGACUGCAUCUGUAGCUAAGGUCAUCCAACAAAAACCUCUUCUAGAAGUUCCUGCAUCACCCGCGAACGCCGAAUUAUUGAACACAGUUGACGGCUAUGCUGCUUCCAAGUGGGCCAGCGAAGCUCUAUUAACGAAGAUUGCUGUUGAAUCUGGUAUACCCGUAUACAUUCACCGACUGGCACAUGUGAUGGGAGAAGACGCAUCUGAGCUUGAUGCUGUUGGUAUGAUGACAAAAUACGCGCUUCUACUGCACGCAUUGCCACGUAUUAGAGAAGAGGCUAUCGAGGGACAAUGGGACUUUGUUGUUGUGGAGACCGUGGUAGAUGAUCUGGUCAAAUUGGCUAUGAAAUCUGCCAUUGAUUACGGACAUCAAUUCACGUCAGAGCCACGAAAAGACAAAAACCGACCUGCUGUAUUCGUUAAUCACUGCAGCGAUGUAACAAUCCCUCAUUGCAAACUUAAAGAAUAUCUGGAAACAACUUUUGGCAAGCCCUUGGGAGAGAUGGAACUGAAAGAAUGGUUACAGCUUGCGCGUGAAAGAGGAAUACAUCCUUUGAUAUACGAAUUUUUCCUUGCAUUUGAUGACGGGCGUAGCAAAAUGACACUUCCUAUGAUGUCAAAGGGCUUAUAAAUAUCUUUGUCAUUAUCACUUUUUCAAUUGAAUCGUUUUUUCAAUAUAGUACACAACCUUCAAUUCAAAACAUAAUUCAAUUCUGAUUCCAGAUGAUUAAAAUUCAAUUGAUUCUUUAUUAGAAUCCAAUUCAAAGCUUUCA